GCUCGUCAGCGCUUCCGGCCGCGCCCGGGGCUGAGCGGGAGCAGCGGCCGGGAACGGGCCGGGAACAAACCGGGAACGGGCCGGCAGCCGCCAGGAAUUAUUCCUUAGCUCCAGGUGCCAGCUCUGUUUGCUCCAUCCCUGUCCCAAAGGGUAGGAUCUGACAGCCCAAAGCGUUUCAUGGAAAACUAGGGUUGGGAUUGAAGCUGAGAUUGGUUUUCCUGAGGAGCUGGAGAUCGCUCCGAGGUUGGAUGAAACGACCUCGUAGCCCUUCCCAACCCCAGCCAUUCCACGAAACUCCGACCCCAGCCUCCCCAAACCCGCGGAAUCCCGCCGGCUGACGCGGGGCUCUCGCUGGCAGGGAGGAGGAAGAUGGAAAGCAACCCCGUGCUGCUGGAAUCCAAGUCCUCGCCCAUCAACCUGCUGAACGAGAUGCAGCAGCUGCGGCUGCUGGGCCACCUGUGCGACGUGACGGUCAGCGUGGAGUACCAGGGCGUCCGCGCCGAGUUCCCGGCGCACAAGGCCGUGCUGGCCGCCACCAGCAAGUUCUUCAAGGAGGUUUUCCUCAACGAGGAGCCCGUGGACGGCCCCCACAGCAACGUCUUCCUCAACGAGGUGCGGGUGGCGGAUUUCGCCUCCUUCCUGGAGUUCGUCUACACGGCGCGCGUGGAGGUGGAGGAGGACAGGGUGCAGCGCAUGCUGGAGAUCGCCGAGAAGCUCAAGUGCCUGGAUCUCUCCGAGACCUGCUUCCAGCUGAAGAAGCAGAUGCUGGAGUCCGUGCUGCUGGAGCUGCAGAACUUCUCGGAGUCGCAGAAUUCCGAGGAGGAGAGCGCCGCCCGCCCCAGCGCCGUGCCCGCGGCCAAGGCCGAGCGGGACUCUCCGGAUCGUUCCGCAGCCGCGCCUGGCCGCGGAGCGUCUCCCGAGGGGCCGGCCGCCAAGUCCAAGGAGAAGGUGGACAAAAAGAAGGAAGUGCUGAAGGCUCCUUACACCAAGAUCCGCAGGGCGAGCGGGCGGCUGGCCGGCAGGAAGGUGUUCGUGGAGAUCCCCAAGAAAAAAUACACCCGGAGGCUGCGGGAGCAGCAGCGGAACGCCGAGGAGGAAAAGCAGCCCAAGGGCGAGGAGGGAGAGCGGGAGGAGGAGGAGAACUCCGGCAAACCCGAGGGGGAUUCCCCGGAAAACCCCGCCAAGGGCGAGGAGGACAGAAAGAAGCGCGGCGGCGCCUUCAAGUGCGGCACGUGCCAGAAGGAGUUCCUGUACGAGAAGAGCUUCCUGAAGCACAUCCAGCAGAGCCACGGGAUCGCCUCGGCGCUGGAGUUCCGCUGCGAGACGUGCGCGCAGACCUUCGCCAACCGCUGCAACCUGCGCAGCCACCAGCGGCACGUGCACAGCAGCGAGCGCCGCUUCCCCUGCGAGCUCUGCGCCAAGCGCUUCAAGAGGAAGAAGGACGUCAAGAGGCACGUGCUGCAGGUGCACGAGGGCGGCGGCGAGCGCCACCAGUGCCACCAGUGCGGCAAGGGGCUCAGCUCCAGGACGGCGCUGCGGCUGCACGAGAGGACGCACACGGGCCACAAGCCCUACGGCUGCCCCGAGUGCGAGGCCAAGUUCUCCCAGCCCUCGGCGCUGAAAACGCACAUGAGGAUCCACACGGGGGAGAAGCCCUUUGUGUGUGACGAGUGUGGGGCCCGCUUCACCCAGAACCACAUGCUCAUCUACCACAGGCGCUGCCACACAGGGGAAAGGCCUUUCAUGUGUGAAACUUGUGGGAAGAGCUUUGCCUCCAAGGAGUACUUGAAACACCACAACCGGAUCCACACGGGAUCCAAGCCCUUCAAAUGUGAGGUUUGCCUCCGGACCUUCGCCCAGAGGAAUUCCCUGUACCAGCACAUCAAAGUCCACACAGGGGAGCGGCCGUACUGCUGCGACCAGUGCGGGAAGCAGUUCACGCAGCUGAACGCGCUGCAGCGGCACCACCGCAUCCACACCGGCGAGAAGCCCUUCAUGUGCAACGCCUGCGGCAGGACCUUCACCGACAAAUCCACCCUGCGCCGGCACACCUCGAUCCAUGAUAAAAACACCCCCUGGAAGUCCUUCCUCGUCAUCGUGGAAGGAGCCGCAAAGAAUGACGAGGGGCACAAAACAGAGCUUCCUGAUGAGGAAUACGAGGUGUCCUCCAAAAUCCCGGAAAAGCUGCUGUCCUUCCCAGAGAACAGCCCCUACCAGAGCCUGGCAGCAGCCCCGGGAAGCGGGAAUUCCAGCACGGACUGUAAGGCCUCUGGAGCACAGGAGUCCCUGCUGGGAGAACUCACCGUGCUCCACACACAGACGGACUCUGGGCAGCCCCAGCUCCAUGCCCUGGUGAACAUGGAAUAAUUCGGGAUUGCCUCCUGCUCCUUAGGCUGCACCCCUUGUACAGUCCUUGGCCUGAGGGAGGCUGGUGGUGGGAAGCUGGGAAAGAGUGGGUUUCCAGGUUUCCUCUGGAAAUUCCUUCCCAAGCUCCAUCUCCUGAUGGUCGGGCAGGGUGGCACCACACCAGGGAAUUUGUGGGAGUUGAACCCCUAGGAAUUGAAGGGGUGGCUCAGGUACCUUGGUGGUGCAGGUUUGUUUUCCAGGGAAUUCAAUGCCACAUGGACAAUCAGGAGAACUGAUGUUUCUCUAUGACAUUUGCUGUGUUUUCCCCAGUGGAAUUUCAUCCAGGAGAAGUCUGGCUAAAUUUGCUUUUCAGGAAAUGUUGGUUUCUCUCUGCUUUUGCCAAAGAUCCCAAAGAGUGGGAGCAGCUUUGGAGUUUCAUUCCAGGAGUUUGGAGUCUCUGAGCAGCAAAAAGGGGCAGGUGGCAGCCAAGUGCUACUUCCUUGGUUUUACAAUUGCAGGGAAACUGGAGCAGUCUGGCGCUUGGAUCCUGUCAGUUCUCACCUUCCAGCUGCUCCAGCUCCCAUGGAAUUGGGCACUUAGGAGAAGAGAACAUCUCCUAGAAGAAAGUCUGUGAAAAGGAGCUGUGCUGGAAGGGGCUCAGUUCAGAGGCUUUUCCUGCUCCGUUUUAGUGGAAUAGGAUUUGGGGGAUUUCCCCUGGGCAGGGAAGGAGCCUUGGAGUGUUGUUCCAGCUGGGCUGCCUCCUGUUUUUUCACAACAGCAGCUCACUGUGCUAUGGUUUAAUGCUUCAAACCUUGGGGUGGGCUUCCCAGUGGAAAAACCCACAGUUUUUCCCAUUCUUUUUCCCAUUUCUUUGCCUGUUGUAGUAUUCCCACAGCAGUUCCUCAGCUGAAGCUGUGAGCAGAACUUUGGGAAAGGUAAGCACAAUCCAGCCUGGUGAGAUCCAGCAAUAAAGACACCCCCCCCCAGA